UAUUCGUUCAGAUCCUGGCAACUAAUGACAGCAGUUUGUUUUUAUUAUCAGCUGAUAAAAUCGAAGUGCAAGAAUUAGCGUCGGAAUCAGUCAGAUAUUUUUAUUUUGCUACGUAGAAUGUACUGUUGCCUUCCAUUACGCGUAUUUUGUCGAAUGUAUGGUUUUUGUGUCGAAAUGUAAAAUUAACGAGUGGGGAUUUAUCAAUAACCGCAUAACGAUGUUCGAUUUGGUCGGAUUAAUAAAAAGCAUGAUCUACAAUGUGUUAACCAUAUUUUCUUUCGGUCGCAAAAAACUGAGCAAUACGCUUAGUAUUUACGUGAAAACCAACACUGGGAGCACGCUGGCGGUAGACCUAGAACCACACAUGGAUAUCAAGGACGUGAAAACGAUGGUCGCUCCUCAUCUUGGAUUAGAACCAAGGGAGGUAAAAAUAAUAUUCGCUGGAAAAGAAUUGUCCGAUGCCAUCACGAUUAGUGAGUGCGACUUGGGACAGCAAACAAUUAUUCACGCUGUUAGGGCAAAAGCGAUACUUAGAAGAAUGAAUGAUAAAAGACUUUUAGAAAGUAAUGUAGAUGAGACUGCUUCCACUAAACCGCUUUGCGAGACAAUGACAGAUUUGCGAAUGAUAGAAUGUAGUGAAGAAGAGAUGCGAGCUUCCGGCGAGGUUAGAAAAAAGGCCCAUUUCUUCGUGUACUGCUCUCAGUGCGAAAAGGUUUGCACCGGUAAGCUGAGAGUGCGUUGUGGCAUCUGCAAAAGCGGAGCUUUCACUGUACACAGGGAUCCGGCCUGUUGGGAUGACGUUCUGAAAAAGAAAAGAAUCACAGGACAUUGUGAGGACUAUGACGUUCCUUGUGUGGAAAACGAAUCAGGCGAUCCUCCAUUUACGGAGUUUUACUUCAAAUGCGCCGAACAUUUAUCAGGCGGGGAAAAAGACUUCGCAGCUCCACUCAAACUUAUAAAUACCAAUCACAAAAAUAUUCCCUGCAUCGCGUGUACAGACGUAAGUGAAACUGUUGUUGUAUUUCCUUGCGAAGCUGGACAUGUGACUUGCUUGGAAUGCUUUCGGCAAUACUGCAUCUCGAGAUUGUUGGAACGUCAAUUUGUGGAACAUCCGUCCGUUGGUUGCACCCUGCAGUGCCCCGUAGGCUGCGAAGGUUCCUACAUAGAUGAUGUACAUCACUUCAGGUUACUGUCGAAUGAACAGUAUGACAGGUAUCAACGCUUCGCUACAGAGGAAUACGUACUUAGGAAUGGCGGAGUUUUAUGUCCUCAACCAGGCUGUGGAAUGGGUCUGCUAGUGAACCCAGAAUGUAAACGAGUUCAAUGUGUAGGCGGUUGUGGGUUUGUUUUUUGCCGGAACUGCCUACAAGGUUACCAUCUCGGGGAAUGUCUGGAAACGCCACAACCUAACUCAGAAACAUCCUCAGGUUACACAAUCGAUCCACUGCGAGCUUGUGAUGCACGUUGGGAUGAAGCAACGAAAAUUGCCAUCAAAGUAACGACCAAACCGUGUCCGCAGUGUCGAACCGCAACCGAACGGGACGGAGGAUGUAUGCACAUGGUUUGUACCCGAUCCGGUUGUGGAUACGAGUGGUGCUGGGUGUGUCAAACCGCCUGGACACGGGACUGCAUGGCUGCGCACUGGUUCGGAUAGACUGCUUACUUAAAUACCAAUAACGCUUGAGAUUGUCGAAAUUUUGCAGUUGCUGACUUAUAUAUUUUUAAAUAAAUAUUUAUUUUGUUGCCAAA